GACCAACUCGACAGGCAAGCGCGUCCGCCCGGAGAGAUUUGUUUAUAAAGUGGCGUCCCGAAAAGAAAUUAAGUUUUUUUGUAGGAAAAAUCACUUAAAUUAGGUUGGGCUGCGCCUAGACGCGAGCACAGCCGGUGGGGCGUGAUGGGGCAGUGAAAGGUUCGGUGAAAUAUUUGUCCGGAAAGGUUGGAAAUUGUGGUGCAAUUUGGCUGCCUCUAAUCUGCCGGACUGGACGUGUACAAGCUUGCACAAAGCAGAGUUAAAAGCUAACCAAGUGGAAGAGAAAGAAGAAGAAGAAGAAGUACUCCGAAUUGUGGACCUAAUUUUCCAGGAAAUCUCCCAAUCUCACCCAUUCAACCAUGCAUAUAAAACAGGUAAUCAUCCAGGGCUUCAAAAGCUACCGGGAGCAAACGGUGGUGGAGCCGUUCGACAAACGCCACAACGUGGUGGUCGGCCGCAACGGUUCCGGCAAGAGCAACUUUUUCUACGCCAUUCAGUUCGUGCUGAGCGACGAGUUCACGCAUCUGCGGCCGGAGCAGCGGCAGGCGCUGCUGCACGAGGGUACGGGCCCGCGGGCCAUGUCCGCGUACGUGGAAAUCAUCUUCGACAACUCGGACAACCGCGUCCCGAUCGACAAGGAGGAAAUCUACCUGCGGCGUGUGAUCGGCGCGAAGAAGGACCAGUACUUCCUGAACAAAAAGGUCGUGCCCCGGUCGGAGGUGGUCAAUUUGCUCGAGUCGGCCGGCUUCUCCAACUCCAACCCGUACUACAUCGUGAAGCAGGGCAAGAUCAACCAGAUGGCGACCGCGCCGGACUCGCACCGGCUGAAGCUGCUGCGCGAGGUGGCCGGCACGCGCGUGUACGACGAGCGGAAGGAGGAGUCGAUGAAUCUGCUGCGCGAGAGCGAGGGCAAGCUGGAGAAGAUUUCCGAGUAUCUGCGCACGAUCGAGGACCGGCUGAAGACGCUGGAGGAGGAGAAGGAGGAGCUGUCCGAGUAUCAGAAGUGGGACAAGGCGCGCCGCACGCUCGAGUACGUGAUCUACGAGACGGAGCUGAAGGAGACGCGCAAGCAGCUGGAGGAGCUGGACGGGCAGCGCAAAUCGUCCGGCGACAAGCAGCUGCUGCUGACGCAGGAGAUACAGAAGGCGCAGGACCGGCUGAAGAACGCGCAGAAAGCGCUGAAGGACGCGAAGAAGGACGUGGUGACGGCGAAGGACGAGAAGUCGGUGCUGGCGACGGAGCAUCAGCAGCUGCUGCGCGAGAAGACGAAGCUGGAUCUGACGAUCUCCGACCUGUCGGAUGAGGUGCAGGGCGACAACAAGUCGAAGGAGCGGGCGGAGCAGGAGCUGGAGCGGCUCAAGAUCACGAUCGCGGAGAAGGAGAAGGAGCUGGAGCAGGUGCGGCCCCGGUACGAGGCGAUGCGGCGAAAGGAGGAGGAGUGUUCGCGCGAGCUCAAUCUGAAGGAGCAGAAGCGCAAGGAGCUGUACGCGAAGCAGGGGCGCGGGUCGCAGUUCUCGUCGAAGGAGGAGCGCGACAAGUGGAUCCAGGGCGAGCUGAAGUCGCUGAACAAGCAGAUCAAGGACAAAAUUUCGCACCAGAACAAGCUGCAGGACGACCUGAAGAAGGACAUUGCGAAGCAGGGCGAGCUGGAGAAGAAGAUCCAGGAGCACACGGAGUCGUUCGAGCAGCUGCGCGUCCAGAUCGACGAGCACAACAAGAACUUUUACGAGCUGAAGAAGAAGAAGGAUCACUACCAGAGUCUCCGGAACGAUAUCUGGAAGAAGGAGACGGCGGUGACGCAAACGCUGUCCGGGUACAAGGAGGAGCUGGCGCGGGCCGACCAGGCGCUUCGCUCGAUGGCGGGCAAACCGAUCCUGAAUGGGCGCGAUUCGGUGCGCAAGGUGCUGGAGAGCUUUCUGCAGCGGGGCCGCGAGUAUGCGGAUAUUGCCAACGCGUACUAUGGGCCGGUGAUCGAGAACUUCAAUUGCGACAAGUCGAUCUACACCGCGGUGGAGGUGACGGCGGGCAAUCGGCUGUUCCAUCACAUCGUCGAGUCGGACCGCGUCGGUACGCAGAUUCUGAAGGAGAUGAACAAGCAGAAGCUGCCGGGCGAGGUGACGUUUAUGCCGCUGAACCGGCUGCAGGUGAAGAUCCACGACUAUCCGGAAGAUCCCGACUCGAUACCGAUGAUUUCGAAGCUCAAGUACGAGGAGCAGUACGACAAGGCGCUGCGGUACAUCUUCGGCAAGACGCUGAUUUGUCGUAAUUUGGAGCGGGCGACCGAGCUGGCCAAAAGCACCGGCCUGGACUGUGUCACGCUCGAGGGUGAUCAGGUGUCGUCGAAGGGUUCGCUGACCGGCGGGUACUUUAACACGUCCCGCUCGCGACUGGAGAUGCAGAAGAAGCGCUCCGAGUACAGCCAGCUGAUACAGGAGCACGAGAAGGAGCUGGCCGACUUUCGGGCCGAGCUGAAGCAAACCGAGGCGAACAUCAACUCGAUCGUGUCGGAGAUGCAAAAGACGGAAACGAAGCAGGGCAAAUCGAAGGACGCGUUCGAGAAGAUACAGGCCGACAUCCGGCUGAUGAAGGACGAGCUGUCGCGCAUUGAGCGCUUCCGCAGCCCGAAGGAGCGCUCGCUGGCGCAGUGCAAGGCGAACCUGGAGGCGAUGACGAGCACGAAGGAGGGGCUGGAGAACGAGCUGCACCAGGAGCUGAUGUCGCAGCUGUCGGUGCAGGACCAGCACGAGGUGGACUCGCUGAACGACGAGAUCCGGCGGCUGAACCAGGAGAACAAGGAAGCGUUCACGUCGCGCAUGAGCCUGGAGGUGACGAAGAACAAGCUGGAGAAUCUGCUCACGAACAAUCUGUUCCGGCGCAAGGACGAGCUGGUGCAGGCGCUGCAGGAAAUCUCGGUGGAGGACCGGAAGCGGCAGCUGACCAACUGCCGGAACGAGGUGGUCGCGACGGAGAAGCGCAUCAAGAAGGUGCUGACCGACACGGAGGAGGUCGACCGGAAGCUGAGCGAAGCGCUCAAGCAGCAGAAAACGCUCCAGAAGGAGCUGGAAUCGUGGAUCCAGAAGGAGAAGGAGGCGCAGGAAAAGCUGGAAGAGGACGGCAAGCGGAUGGAGAAGUGGGCGACGAAGGAGAACAUGCUGCGCCAGAAGAUCGACGAGUGCACGGAGAAGAUCGCGGGGCUGGGCGCGCUGCCGAACGUGGACGCGAGCUACCAGAAGAUGUCGCUCAAGUCGCUGUUCAAGGAGCUGGAGAAGGCCAAUCAGCAUCUGAAGAAGUACAACCACGUGAACAAGAAGGCGCUCGACCAGUUCCUGAGCUUCAGCGAGCAGAAGGAAAAGCUGUACAAGCGCAAGGCCGAGCUGGACGUGGGCAAGGACAAGAUCUGCGAGCUGAUGCAGCUGCUCGAGGCGCGCAAGGUGGAAGCGAUCCAGUUCACCUUCCGGCAGGUGGCGGCCAACUUUUCCGAGGUGUUCAAGAAGCUGGUACCGCAGGGCAACGGGCAUUUGAUACUGCGCACCACGAACGAUCAGGAGGGCAACGAUAUGGAGCGGGAGGUGGAAACGUCGGAUGAGUUUACCGGCAUUGGGAUACGCGUGUCGUUCACGCAGGUCGAUGCGGAGAUGCGCGAGAUGAACCAGCUGUCCGGGGGGCAGAAAUCGUUGGUCGCGCUGGCGCUGAUCUUCGCCAUCCAGAAGUGCGAUCCGGCACCGUUCUAUCUGUUUGACGAGAUCGACCAGGCGCUGGACGCGCAGCAUCGCAGUGCCGUGGCGGACAUGAUACACGAGCAGAGCGAUCGGGCCCAGUUCAUUACGACCACGUUCCGGCCGGAGCUGAUGGAGAAGGCGCACAAGUUUUACGGUGUGCGGUUCCGGAACAAGGUGAGUCACGUGGACUGCGUCACCAAGGAGGUGGCACGUGACUUUGUCGACGAUGAUACGACGCACGGUUAAGCGAGGGGGGCAGGGGAGGUGUAUUCUAUCUCUCUUUGUAAGGCAUUCGAUUUAUUUUUUAACACCUCUUUCUCGUCCUGUGUCCUGUUGCAAGAUUGCCCUUUUUUUAAAUAUUCCUUUUUUGGUUUUCAAAAACUACAUAAUGGAUUGAAAUGAUGCUCCCUAAUGUCCAUGUAACCCAAUUUUUAAAACAGUGACACACCGCGCAGGCACAAGAAUCGAGGUCCAUUUUUACCGUAGUUACUACUUAAUCGAGCAUAAUCGUAGACGCUAAGCAGAUCAAAACAGUGAAGAAAACAUUAUACAUUAAAAAAUUGGGUAGCUGCUGGUUUGAUGGGAUUACAUCAGUUAGAACUUAGUAUUCUGUGUAUUUAAACGUCACGUCACAUUACAGACUAUUUUGUAUUUUUUAGAUGUCUUCUGGAGUAAUAAAGCAUUAAAAUUACCAAGAAAUCGAUUGAAGAUGCGUUUGUGAAUUAAUCCUUUGGAUUGAUGUAAGAUAAACGCAAAUAGAGACCUUUCCAUCGUAAUUGCCCCUAUUCCCGAUCAUUGUCACUAAAACCAUAAGAAAAUAAACGCCUCGAAGUAUGCAAUUUCAUUACAAA